AUCAACACCGCUCACUCCUUUUUGGCAGAAGUUGGUCUGCAAAAGCUGUCGUCUCUCGUUUGACCGUUUGGAGCUUGAUAGUUGGAUAGGCUUUGCCUUGUCUGCAUCUCCUUUUGCUCCUGGUAUUGGGCAUCUGCAUAUCAUCCACAUCUUUUGCGGGCGCCUUACACUACUACCCCCUCGCCGUACAUUGCUCCCAGCUGCUCCAAGUCGACGCUCACAGCAGCCUCGUACUGCACGAUGCUCACCGAUCGGGAUCCGAACGGCGGUGCCAGUGGGCGCACCAGUCGGGCCUCCAACCUCUCCGCCAUGUCGCGGUCAACACACAAACAUUCUGGCGGCGCGGGCAAACAUGAUCUGUUCUCCUCUGUCGGUCCUGGCGUCAUGUCCAUGCUCCGUACAUCGACUGAGAUGGGCAAUCUCGCUGGCCUCACAGGCGACAUGUCUGGCAUGGGCAGCCUGUCGCGUCCUCCAAACCGGAGGAACGCUUCGAGCAGACUCUCAAACACGUCGUCCAUGUCCGGCACCUCCAGCAGGGCGAGCCACCAUCAUCGUCAGUACCCCUCGUCUUCUUCAGCUGCACGCCGCUCGAUGACGCGAGAGCCGCAGUACGUCGCCGAUACCCUCUCACCCACUCUCAUGAACAUUUCUGGAUCACCGUCCUUGGUCCCAACGCACAGCAUGAGGAGCCGGGACAGAGAUUCUGGUCGCUCACUGUCGAUGACCCACGCCAUGCAGCCAACCUACAGGCUGUCGAGCAACCGAUCACUGGGCAGUCUUCGUGGUCACGAUCACCUCCCGCGACCAAAUUCUCCAUACCACUAUCCGUCCAGGCUGAGGAGACCGUCUCAUGGCCCAACGUCGCCAGCUUUGAGUGACAUGACUGGUGUACACCCGAGACGCUUCCAUGGGCCUUAUGGUAGCCGGGGACAAUCACAUCAUCCUGGCCAGAGACAGCCAUACAACCCAGGUCAGGGACAGCCCUAUCACCCAGGCCAGGUGCGACCGAGAAUUCCGUCCGACACCAGCCUUGGUCGUCAGGAGAGGAUGCCUAACAUGUCUCGCCGUCCAAGCCGCAACCAUCCGCAAGCCUUCUACAAUGCGCCGCGUGGUGAUAUUCCUCCCGUGCCGCCGUUGUUCCAUCACCACAUGGCUGUAGAGAAUGCUCGCUUGGCUCACAGGUCUGCGAAGAGCUCCUUCUCCAGUGGCUACACGAACUUGCGUACAGACUCUGAUACGCCUUCAUCUGACGCGCCGUCGCCGCCGACACCCAAGGGUGGUUUGUCCAUGGGAGUCCUCAUCAACCCGACUAACAAUCGGAUGACCAUUGACACUGUGACUGGCGUCGUGAAAGAGAACCUGAUGAGCGGACCGUUGUACUACGACUACAGCGAACAGUUUGAGCGCGAGGAGUUCACUGAGCCUGAGGUGGAUCCAAUUCCUACUGGUCUCACUCAACGCAUCAAGACGAUACACGAAGAGCGAGGACUAGUCGAACCACUCUCGCCCGGCCGUGUCCCAAGGAUUGAGGAUAUUGUUGACCCCGUGUGUUCAGAAGUCCCGGGCAUUGUGGAACUUCCUGCUUCCCCUGUCGCUCGACGUAUCACCAGGGACUUGAUUCUGCAGGCACUGGAGCCAGCCUCUACGACGGAUAUCGAAGCAUCUAACAAAUCACCUGCCGUCGGGGAUGAUGGUGGUAGUGCUCCUCUUGGCCACGAUGGGGCUGUGACUGGCUCUGGGAAUGAUGAGUCGAGCAACUCGUCCCUGCUUCCUGAAGAUUCCAAGGACCAUCGCCACAGCAUCCUGUCUCAAGCUGGAUCGAGUAUUAUGAACUCAUCAACGCUCGAAUUUGCUGUCCGAUACUCCAUUCCCAUGGCCACCGGUACUGGUCUUGAUACCGGACCUUCUCCUGAGGAUGAGGGUGCGCCAGAUUCACUAUCUGGGCCUGGCGCAAGCACCGAGGACGGCAUGUCUGACUUGAUAGGCGGCUACCAGCACACCGAGUUGAAGCAAGAGGAGGACGUCGUGCCGGGUCAUGAUGCACCUGCCCCUCCUGAUGAGCAUGGAGAUUCGAGGAGGAGCAAACAUGUUCAGAAGCCUUCAGAUGAACAGUCGUUCAAGUCGUGUACAGAUGUGCCAGAGCCGUUGUCGCCCGAGCGAAGGUCCAGAGAACAAGACGCCAAGUCAUUCAAGUCAUGCACAGAUGUCUCGACAGAGCGGGAGGUUUCAAUGAAGAAAUCAGACUCCGUUCCGUCCAAGACGUUCAAGGACCUCGCAACGCCAACCCGUGCGGUGUCUCUGCCGCCAUCAAGGCUGCCGACAUCCAGCUUGUCGACUUUGGAUACCCCUGGCAGGCGACCCUUCUCUGAGAUGCCGCUGUCGAGUCCUGCUCCUGCCGUGAUUCGCAAGCCACACGUUCCGCCGCGUGAGUCGAGCUUCUCUAUUGCGGGUGGUAAGUUCCGCACCAGUUCCAGACCCAGCAUGAAUCAGAGUUCAGUGUCAAUGUCAGCUUCAUCGUCGACUCUGAGCGCCACGCAGCAACCGCCUUCUGUGCCACCGCGCGAGUCCAGUUCAUCGAAGGAAGCACAACGUUCCAAGGAUGUGGCAGCAUACUUGAUGCGUCGAUUCAUGCCUGCGAACUUCGCUAAGGGACGCAAGCUCAUCAAGGAGGACGACGUGACCAAGUGCGAGGGCAGUGAUACCCCCAGGUCUGGUGAACUCUCGCAGGCGACGCUCAAGUCCACCGACUUCGGCUCACCCUCGCAGUUAUCUCUGGAAGUGAUCAAGACGCCAGAGAAGGUAUUGACCAAACAAGAGGCGAUCGCUGGAAAGCAGAAGGCUUCUCCGGUUUUCCUCAAGCCUCGCAAUUCGGCUAAUGUCUCCGAUGUCAGUCCGACACCUGUGAUGCAUCAGCACUCUUUCAGCAGUCCUGUGUCCGGUGUCCCAGAGGCUUCAUCCGUCUAUUCUCCCCAAGAUAGCUCUUUACGGCCCCGUGUGCAGUCUUCUCCUACUGGUGUGCCGAUAUCCCCAGAGCAGGACCGCCGAGACAGCCAGACUACGACGCAUCUUGUCUGGCAUGGUCGCGGAUCCCUCAACAUUCCCUCUGCUAGUGCCAGCGCACCUCACCUACCUCUAUCGGAUGCUCAGGAUGAGACCACGACUGACCUGAGGUUGUCCACGUUUAGAUAUCCCGGUCCGCCGCACUAUCUUCCUGACCUCAAAGAAGAGUCGCAUGAGGACUCAAGCCUUAAUACUAGUGCAAGUAAUUUGAAGAACUCGAACUUUCGCUUCCCGUUCGGCGUGCCAUCUGGGGCUCUGCCUGGCGUGCGCGCAUCCGUCGAGGAUGGAUUCCUGUUCUCGAGGAAGUCUUCCGUGGGCUCCCAUCGCCGUAGUGGUGCCGGCCCGGAUGGCGGCUUACCUUCGAUGAACUUCAGCCAGAUGGACUUGUUCGAGAGGUGCAACGAGGCGCUGGACCUGCGUGGCUCGCGCUCCAUGGGCGGGCUCCGGGUCGAUUUGUUGGAGGUAGACGAGCAGCGACCUGCGUCGGCUGAGGGGAUGCGUGAGAAAUAUCGGAUGUCCGUGGUUCAAAAGCCUGGAGGGGAGGUACACCACACCACGAUCAAGGACAUGUUUACCUUGAAGCGACCCUACUCGCCCGAGGACUUGAAGUUCAAGGCAGAGAUUGAUCAGUUGACUAUUCCGUCAGUGGGAGGUCUUACACAGCGCAUCUCGGAGAUCAUGCCUUCGCUGAGGGAAUACUACAAGACUGGCGAGGCGCCUGAGUUCCCUGCAGAGGAGAUCAUCAUGGAGCAUGCGUUGGAGGAGAUCCACGAAGUAGGCGUACCGGUACAGAAACGCUCGUCUGCUCGACUUCGACCUAUGCCUGGCUCUCCUAACAUGGUCGUCAUUGAGGAUGCACUCUAUGAAGAACUUACGGGUAGGGAGAAGGAGAACGGAAGCCCUGGUAGCCACGGUGACGGCGCGGCGAAACUUGGCACCGGUGAAGACAAGAGGGUGAACGGCGACAACAACCUCGUUCUCACCCCCACACGCCCCAUAACCCCAGUGGCCGAGCUUGCAGUUCCGUCUUCUGCUGUUCUGCGCCCUCGUUCGGUCUCUGUUGGCGGCUAUCAUGAUCUACGUGCCUCGGUGGAGUCCACGUUGUCUAUGAGGAGAUCUCUGAGGUCCUUUGUCUCGACGCCCACUACAACAGAUACGCGUCCGUGGAAUUCGGACAAAAACUACCCGUGGGCUACCUCCUCCAUCCCCUCAGUCGACAUCUCACUUCCACUGCCGACGGCAAUUAGGCACUCGCCUCGCCCUGGCCCAUCACACUUACGCAAUACGCUAUCAGACGCAUCGACGGCAACAUUUACGUCAACACACACUCCAACCGCGUCGCCUUUCGGUCCUACGUCUGGCUUCGACGCUCAAACUCGUCAGGCUCACCGCUUCAGUCUCUUCGGUUGCAACAGUGAUGUCAGUCACGCGGCGGGUGAACGCUACCCCACGUCUGCGCUGACACCGCCAACUGCCAUCUUCCGCGAUCACUUGUCGGCUUCUGACACGUCUGACGACGAGGCCGAGCUCACCACUACACGCAAAAGCAAGUUCAAGCUCCGCAAACGCUUCUCCUCCGCACGUGCACCUGACUACAGCACUCUCAACGUCAAUGUAAUCCCAAGCCACGGCUCAGCGACGUCGAUCCAGGACGAGGCUCAUAACUUUACGGCCACCAAUCGCCACACGUACCGUGAAGCAGAGGGCAUGCCCGCAGCGAAGUACCAUCAACACCGUCUUCUCGCUCUUUGCCGUCGCUGGUGGCACAAGGGUGGUGAUUUGAUUCGCAGCAUCUCGUCGCGCCGCAAGGAGUCGACGGCGACUGUAUAGUUUAGCACAUCAUGCCUCCCAUGGUUUCCCUUUCUUUUCCACCAAACACCUCAGAGUUCCCAGCAGUCCUAGGCGCUUUUCUGGAAUCACGUCUAUCUCUUGGAGGUUCUCGGAUGCCGCUGCACUUUUCUUUCUCAGCAGUUGGUUUGUGGUAGGACAAUUAUGGGUGAUUAUAUCUGGCGUUUCAGAUUCUAACGACAUCAUGAAUACUAGGAAGUAAUCGAAAUUCAUGUAGUCACAUAAAUAGCUCUCUAGUCGUAGAUAGCUAAUACAAAGAUCUGAC